CGCGACAGCAUAAAAAUUGCACACACACGACUCCACAAACAGACAGCAAGCAAGACAACCAAGCAACACCACGUGCACACAACCCCUCCCGCCCUGACGUGAUUAGACACAGCAUCGUCCAGCAAGCAGGAUGGCCAAUCCAAGGCAGAAGCGAAAGCUCCGCUCUGGGCACUACCGCAAGCAAUCGAGGCAACAAGCGAGAACCUACCGCAAAAAGCAGCGACAAAAGGGAGAAAUUGUCAACGAGGCGAUUGCGAAAGUAUGGAACAAGCACAAAUCCACAAAGCACAACUUGGCCGCGAUUGGCCUCGUCAACGACCCAAACACAGAGCUCAACGCAAGGAAACGGCCCGAGACAAAGAUCUCGCCGGACGAGCUGAACAUGGACCUUGUGAAGAAGCUUGAGGAGCAAGCGGCGGCGUACGAGCCAUACCAGGCGUACUGCUCGCGGGGCGAGGUUGUGUUUAUCCAAAACUGCCUGCAGAAGCACGGCACCAACUUCCAAGCCAUGUCCCUUGAUCUGGACCUGAACAAGCAGCAGCACACACCGGCGCAGUUGCGGCGCAAGGUGCUCAAGUACGCGCAGACGCUGGACAUGAUUGGCACCGUGGAGAAGAUUGAAGGGGAAGUGCAGCAGCGGCUUGAGAGCGAUCCGGAGUGGCGGAAGAAGCAGGCGGAGAGACGAGAGAGGGCAGAGCAACGCAAGAAGAACAAGCAGGCGAUGAAGCUCAAGAAGGCUGCUGCUGCUGCUGCCAAGAGCGAGUUCCUCCCCUGAGCCUCUGUGUGUGUGUGUGUGUGUGUGUGUGUGUGUGCCAGCUUCUCUCCUCUCCCCCCUCGCGCGCGUCGCUCUUCGUCCUUUGAUCCUCUCUCCACAAUCCCGCUGUUGAUCCCAAACAGUACAUACGCUUGUAACUGCCA